AUGUCUCAAGCAGUGAGCAACGCUUUGAACUUGGUCUUCAAAUAUGCGAAGGCCCAUCCGAUUGGCUUCGGAAGCACCUUCGUCAACGCCAUCAUGUCUCUUAUCCUUGGACCAUUUUGGCUCAUCAGAGUCCUUUUGAGCGUGUCUGGUUUCCAGCUCGGGGGUGUAGCUGCAGGCUCUAUCGCUGCAUGGUGGCAAUCGGUGGCUUACGGAGGUUAUGUCCCGGUUGGAAGCAUCUUUUCCUUGGCUCAAUCUCUUGGAGCUGUGCUUGGUGCGUGA